AUGGAGAUGGAAGGAGCAACUCUGGGUCUUGCAGGUGCCGUCAUCUUGCUGACCUUCCACUUCUACGCGCAUGGGCAUCGUUUCAAAUCUUUGCCCUCUUUGCUGGGCUGCUCUAAAUCUGAAACCAGCGACGCUGACGAGAAGCUUCAGAAGGAUCGAGCAAAGCACAUCCAGGAAGAGCUAUGGAAGGUACGCGCCAGAACCUACUGCCUGAUCGUAAGCUUCAUGGUGCAUGCUGCGCCCGUGAUGACCAUUGUAUUCCUUUACGAAUUUGCCACGAUGUUUUCCUACUUGGGACUGGCCCGACUUGUCUGCAUGUUUCUGGUGUACAUGCAUCAUACCGGUGUCAUCACCGGAAGGCUGCCGCUUAAUCCAGCGAGAUUGCGAGUUCUCUACAUUUUGUACUAUGGAUCCUUCGCAAUGCUGCUCCUGGGUGGGAUCUUCCAUCGUGACAGCGACGCAAAAGCGAGGUCAUUGCAAGCCUUCAACGAUGGGGGUCGCCUUCUUAUGUCGGUCGUCAUUAUGCACAAGCCGACAGCACUUCCUGCACAAUUGGCUAUUUCCGCAGCCGAGAUUGCUGUGUACUGGUUCCAGCACAACGAUGUCGCAGAGACCGCAGCUUUCGCAGGGGUUCAGCUUGUCUUUGCCGUCGCGAAUGUCGGAGUCACCGUGACCCUGGAGUACUGGGUGACUUCUCACAUCAGUGCCCUCUUGGAUGCAGAGUCCAUGGUCGGAAGCUUUCGGAGGAUGCUGCGAGGCGUUUGCGAUGGUGAGGUUCUCCUGAGGGAGGACAUGACCAUCUGCGAGAAUCCAGAGUGCAUCAAGCAUUUGCUCAUGACGCAUCACAGCUUUAAAGGAAGACAUUUCCAACAGCUGCUGAUGCCAGACGAGGUGGAGAGAUUCACCGGUUUUAUGCAGCAAUCGACACACGAUAUGCUGGUGCCUGAAGAUAGCAGGACGAGCACGCCGCCGUGCCUUCGCGUCUCCCUGCGCGGUGCCAGCGAUAUCAGGGUUGGAGUUGAUCUCUGGCACGUGCCGAUGCCUCACCUGUUUACCGCUAAGUGGCUUAAGUAA